UUUGAUGUCGAUGUAGUGACUGUUGUGUACCUAAUGUUGGCUGUGAUAACGACACCAAUGUAUCCGCUGUCAUUUGACUGUUAUUGAAAACCUGCCAACGGUUUAGCCUGGAAGUGUUAGCUUUCUGUUUAUUCUGGGAACAUGGUUGUUGACCUGGUUUUACACGAUCUGGCUGGCGGCGAAGCUUUUAAUGACAGAUGGCGUUGCGGACAAGUCUAACGUUAGCGAGGAGUUUCUAAAUGGUUUGUCUUAAACUGGGUUAGCGGCACGCUAGCGGGCCGUUGUCAGCCAGGACCCAGAAAAGCAGCAUCAUCAUCAAUGGUGUGUCUACAUCCCGGAGCCGUCACAUCUUCCUGUGUCCGCUCAAUGAACAAUCUCCUCAGCUCUCAUCGCAGCUGCACAUGUAUGGCGUUUGCGAGGCUUGGAGGGGAGUUUUGCCAAGCCCAGCACCUGCUGCUUAUUGUGGACAAGUGAACAGGAGACAUCAGCUAGGCGCAAACACUGCCAUUGACUUGCACAGGUCCUUACUGCCAUCCUGUUGAACCCAUAUGAAAACAAGCCAACCUUCAGCCUGUCACCUGUCCUGGGGAGUAGGAGAGGCUUUGGUUCUAUCCCGGGAGUUUCCUCACAGAUCUUCUCAUUUCCUGCGUUUCCUUUCUUCUACUCUGAUUCGUACAAGUCUUCUCUGAAUGGGCUAGAAGGGUCUUCAUAUUGUUUGGCUGGACUUUGAGUGUCUUCUCUCCAUUCUUUUUGAUUGCAAUCUACUGGAGUUACAUUUUUGUUUUUAACAAAGCCAAUUCUAGUUUUUCCUUCAUUGCCAAGAAAAGGUUAGAACCCCCCCCCAUUUUUAUCCCAGGAAAUUUGUCAUUAUCUUAUUUUUUUUUCAGACAACAAAGGAAUAUAAUAUUUACAGACUUUACCCAUAAAUCAUACGGUUGCGUUAGUUUGUGAAAUUAAUUGCAAAGUGGUUUUGCAUUUUUGUGCCGUAUGCAUUUUCUGUUUUAUUGAAAACCUUUUCUUUUUUCUUCUUUAGUUUUAAACAUCAGAACACUUUCGAUUUGAUUCCUUUGAAGAUCCUGCCUGUUACUCCACUAUUUGAAGCACAGAACUUUUCUGAUCUAUUUUUCUGUAUUAAUAAAUCUUUGAGGAUCUAAAAAUGAACCGGCCAGCCCCCGUGGAGAUCUCUUAUGACUGCCUGAGAUUCCUAAUUACGCACAACCCUACCAACGCACAACUGGGAAGGUUUAUAGAGGAUCUGAAGGCAUAUGGAGUAAACACCUUGGUGAGAGUGUGUGCUGCUACAUAUGACAAGACACCAGUGGAACAAGAAGGUAUACAAGUCCUGGAUUGGCCAUUUGACGAUGGUUCCGCCCCCCCAGACCAGGUGGUUGACGAUUGGCUCAACCUACUGCAGACAAAGUUCAGAGAGGAGCCUGGCAGCUGUGUGGCUGUGCACUGUGUUGCUGGACUAGGACGAGCUCCUGUGUUGGUGGCCCUGGCUCUAAUUGAGUGUGGGAUGGAAUAUGAAGAUGCUGUGCACUUCAUCAGACUGAAGCGCCGUGGAGCGUUCAACUCAAAGCAGCUGCUCUACCUGGAAAACUACAAACCUAAACUGUGUCUGCGCUCCAAAGAUGCCAACGGACAGAGCUGCUCUAUACAGUAGGAAUCUACAACCCCAUGCAUCUUCACUGCAGCUUCAUUGGAGACUUUCACCUUUUGAUGUUAAAUGGAAAGCUGACAUGUUUGGGUAAAUGUUUUGGUAGCAUUAAAGCCCAUUGACAGGAGAAGAGGGAACUCCUACACACUGUUGUUUACUUGCAAUAACAUUUAUUAGUGACGCAAUGUUUCGGCCUUUAGACCUCCUUCAGGUAAAGCAUUAUUACAAUUAUAUUAUUUGAAUAUAUUUUAAGCAUUUCAUGUAUAUUCCAAAAGUUUAAGGACCUCAUGUCAAAUUUCUGCAAAUCUUCUAAUAAGACCUAGACUGACUUUACAUAAACAAUGUACCGAAGUAAAUGUGUAUUUCUGCUCCUUGGUCUGUGACCAGACAUAAUACAUUUGAACUGUCAGUGUCACUGUGAAAUCAUGUUGUUUGGCUGUAAAAACAACAACAACCAUUUAUUCCAAAGGUUACUCUCACAUCUCAUCCUCUGUGAACAGACUUGUUCUGAUUUGAGUUUACUUUGACAUCAGACAUUAUAGAAUUGUUGAUUCAUUCUUUUGAUGUUAAGAUGGUCUGCAGCUUGACUUUUAUUCUAAGCUCCAACACUUCAAAUUGUGAAUAAAUAGUUGGCAGUAUGUUCUUUCAGAGGCUUGCUGGUUUAUUGCACAUCAAUCCACACAGUGGCUCAGACUGAUUAGUUUAUUCCAAUAUUUCCUCAUUGAUCAAAUCGAUGUCCUGCAGCCAGAAUGUGGGUACAUAGUUAUAAAGCAUACAAUAUUAAAGAAAUUAGCUUAAAGAAGAUUUUAAAAUAUUUAUAGAUGUGACGUGCUGUAUUAAACAACAAUACAAUCUAGCCACGUACUCUAAGUCCCAAGUCAGAGUCAUAGUGCACAGUCUGCUUCUCCAGAACAAACUUGUGUUUGCUGUACAUGUUUGACACUGUCCUUCAUAAUGUCGCCAAGGCAAGAGGGCCAACAUGUACAAAUGUCAGUUGUUGAAUGUAUUCAUUGAUGAACACUUAAAGCCUUUGGUAGAUUGUCCUCUACGCUGUGUAGAGAACAUGAUCAAAGCAUCAAUAUGUCCACUGCACCAUGCACAAUGUUGACAGACAAAGGGUAUGAUGGAAUGGCAGAAUAUGAGAUGUGAUAUUAGUUUCUUGCAUAAAUUAUAUUGAGUGGUUUUUGCGUGAUAACAUUCCAGAAUGUACUGUUGACUGAUGGCCGGCUCUUCAAACACACGAGCAUGUACUGUUUAAGAUUGUUAAGAAACAAGUCGGCAUUUAACAAAGUAGGAUUGAGCUUUUAGUGGUACCAACAUGAAGGUUGUUUUGAUGCCCCAGGUUCUCAUCACUGAGCAGUUAAAUGUACUAAUGGGACAAUCCUCUGAUUACUUUCUGUGUUCCUAAUACAACCGCCAUAGAACAGGACUGUGGAGCCAACAUAGCUGCCCACUGGAACCUUAGUGGCCAUCGCUGGCUCUGUACCUACUGAGCUGUCUUGUCAGCUGCUGUGUUUGUAAGAUGCUGUUGGUUCUUUGUGAAGUUAUUAUGUUUCUGUAGGUUUUAUUUUCUUUCUCUGUACCCUUGACGUAUUUGUACUUGUUAUUUAUUGAUUGAUUCCAGUGUUUCGUUGUGAAAUGUCUCUCCGCUAGAAACACAUCUAGCAGUCUUGUUGGUAAAUUAAAGUGUUGAGUAAUGUUACUGUUGCUUGUUGAAGAAACUAUUUUGAAAAUCA